CAUGUGAACAGAAGUGCCCAGAUUUCCUCAUGAGACGGGAUAUGGACAGACACUGCAUAACCGUCUGUCCAAUGAAGCUGGUGAAUUGUCCUUUCUUUUCAGUGGGUUGUAAAGCAGCCGUACCUAGUUGUAAGAUUGAAGAACAUCAAUCUGAAGAACUCCAUUAUCACAUCCUUUAUAUUCUUCAAGGCAUGUACAAGGAAGCAUCUGUGGAGGUUUUAAAAGAACGGGUGGAUCGUAUUGAGGAGAAAGCCGGUGCUAGGCUAGCAAAUGCCAAAACUGUGCGAUCUCUAACAUCGAAAGUCAAGGAUAUCGACGCGAAGCUCCCACCCUGGUAUUGAGACAAAGAAAAAGAGGAAGAAACUUCAGAGACAGAAGCAAAGCCUGAAUCUACUGAAGUUAGUGGCGCAAAUGAGAAUUCUGAUAAUGCUGCCGAAACUAAAGAAGUCGUAAAUUCCAGAGCAUUGCCUCUAUCAGAAGUUACUCCAUCAAGCAAAGAUAGUGAA